AUGGAUGCAAACAAAAAGGAGGAAGUUUUGAACGGAAGCAGGAGAAGAUCGGUAUCUUUUACCACAAAUCAUGACGUCACUUCCAAAACUCCUACGAUUGUCAAUUCGUCCAGCCAUCAUCCUGAAGGGCUUCUGGACAAGUACCUUUCCUGCCGGUGGGUCGUGACUUACAUGUGUACUCUGGUUUUUGUAGUUGUGCCAAUGCUACAGAACUGUUUAUCAAUGGUUCUAGUCUGUAUGGAAUCAAACUACAAGAAGUCAUCGAUAAUCUUGAAGUACAACCAAUCAAACACCACCAAUAAUAUUACAGCGCCUGAGGAACAGAGUGUAUGGAACAUUCGACUAGAGGGUGACAUCAGAAGUCAGAUUCUAUCGGCGGAGUUUUACGCUUUACCGUUUACACCCCUGAUUGGUGGAUAUUUAUCCGGGAGAUUUAGCGCCAAAAUGAUUAUUAUUGUUAUAGUCCUCCUGAUGGCCGGCUCUUCAUCUGCCACGCCCAUAGCAUUAACAGUCAAUCCCUAUAUUGCCAUCGGGCUUAGAUGUAUUGUUGGCCUCUCUUUUGGUGGUUUACAAGCCAGCAUCACUGAGUUGUUGGCGAAGUGGGCGCCACUGAAUGAACGGGCGCAAAUUGUCUCAACGGUCGUGGCAGGUUUAUUUAUUAGCUUCAUUGUGAAUUAUUCUGCCUCUGGUUUUAUCUGCACCAUCCCUGUACACAAUGGCUGGCCACUCAUUAUGUACAUCUUCAGUGCUUCCAACCUUCUAAUGUUAAUACCCUGGGUAAUCUUGGUCUAUGAUAGUCCAUACGAACACCCUCGAAUUACUCCGCCGGAAAUAGAAAUUAUUCGACAUCGGAGACGAGACAGCACUGUAGCUAAAAUGUCACACCCACCAUGGAUCGACAUUCUCCGAUCUGGACCUUUCUGGGGAAUAUUUUUCUGUCAACUUGGCUACGGAUUUAUUUCUACAACAACUGGCACUUUUGUACCUCUCUACCUUAAUGAUGUUCUAAAAUUCGACGUAACUUCGAAUGGUCUGUUGUCCUCCCUACCCUUUAUUGCCCGCCUCCUGUCAUGUCUGGGUGGAGGGCAUGUCGCUGACCUUCUCAUCGCUCGAGGAAUUCUCUCAACCACCGCUGUCAGAAAAUUAUUCCAGACCACAGGAAACAUUCUGUCUGUUCCAUUCUUAAUUGGUCUCAGUUACAUGGACAGUUCCCAGGCGACCUAUGCUGUCCUGCUCCUUGUCAUCUUCUGGUUUAUUCAGGCUCUCAACACCAGCAGCCUCAAGGUCAAUGUAAUCGACAUAGCACCAAGGUUUGCUGGUGUGUUAACAGGCAUGUCGGUCACCGUGUUACAUGUUGCGGCCAUGUUGUCCCCCAUCGUUACGUUUGAGCUUACAAAAAACAGAACCCAGGAAGAAUGGCAAGUUGUUUUCUUCAUUUGCGCCAGUUUGUCCGUAUGCAGUGCUAUGAUGUUCCUUGUCCUCGGCAGUGGAGUAGAACAGUCGUGGGCAAAAGACCCCACAUUGGAGGAGGAGAUUUCUGUUGGUGACCCAGCCAAGCAGUCAUCGGUGUCAGAUCUGAAAUAUAAAAACCAGAAUAUGAUAAAUGGUCACGUGACUGAAACUCAUGACAACGAACGGUCGACUUCUGAGACAGGCAUAAAUACAGAUCUGAAAAUGAUUCAUUUGAAUGGUAAAAAUAUGUCUAAAUUCAGUUCUCAAAGUGUGCAGGUAAAUAAAGGAUUCGCUGGAAAAGAUGAAAUAAUAGAAAAGCAAGCUUUUCAGGCAUCAACCCAUCGCGAGGUUUGUCCAUUUGGAGUAAUGAACAACGCUUUUGUUGGUGAUGAUGAUGAUACCGUCAGUCCAGAGAGUGAAAUUCAUCCGUCAGGAAUCGGGACAGGCUCGAGGGAAAUGGCCGGGUUGGAGAAUAAAUUCAAAACUAGUCAUGAAAUAACCAUUCUUAGAGAAACUGAAGUCACCGUGUUGUAAGAUGUGCAAUCACAGAGGUUUAAGACAGCAUGUUUGUACGAAUAAAUAUAAUUCUUAAUAUUAAUUUAGCCAUGGUCACGUCUCUGUUUAGCUUUAAGAAAUAUCCAGCUAUAAGUUCACAGUGUGUGUAAUUAUUUUGAUUAGCAUAUGAUAAGUGCGUUUAUUCUAUU